UCAUUUCUGACAGAACACUUCAUAGUUUAUUGAUUAUGUCGGGUAGGAUAUUCAUUCUUUUUACGAUUCUGCUCACUCGUUCUCUACAAGAAACAGAUAAAUUGUCAGAGUUUGUGAAACCCGAAAAGUAUAAAAUACGAAUUCGACCCUUGAUUGAUGAGUUGAAAUUUGAAGGUAUCGUUGAGAUUGAGGUAGAUUGUGAGGAGGACACAAAAGAGGUAACCUUGCAUGCUGAAAAACUCAACUUUGGUUUGGAUAAUAUAAAUGUGACAUAUGUAGACACAUCAGAAAGAAUUCAUGUGGAGAACAUGAAUACGGAAAAAAAUCAUUUACUUCGAAUGACUCUUAAAAAUCAUCUAUCAAAAGACAAGAAAUAUAAUAUUCGUAUUGAAUAUACAGGUGAACUAGGUCAGGAUCCACAUGGAUUGCACAUUGAUCAUUACAAAGACAAAAAGGGAGAAAACCACAGCAUAGUAGUCGCAUUUUUCGAACCAACUUGGGCACGACAAGCAUUUCCUUGUUUUGAUCUGCCUCACCUGAAAGCCACUUUCAAAAUAUCGGUUGGUCGAACAAAACAAUUAUUCAGUAUUAGCAACAUGCCACUAGCGAAAACCGAAGCAAUCAAAGGAAAAGAAGGCUGGGUUUGGGAUCACUACGAAAACACAUAUCCCAUGUCUACAUAUUUAGUAGCCUUCGCGGUUUUAGAUGAAGGAAUGAAGCAAGUUUCGUCUGGUAAAAUCAGUUUUUGGUUUCCACCAUUCCCGAAAUUUAAUGCCGAAUCAGUAUUAAGAAAGGCGAAUGAAAUGUUGUUUUAUCUUGAGGAAUAUUUUAGUAUGAUAUAUGAGCUAACGAAAUUGGAUUUUCUCGUGGUGAAUAGUCAUCCAGUAUUUUCAGCUGCUAUAGAGUGUUGGGGAUUAGUCAUCCUCCAGUCAAGUGUAAUAUUGGAAGCUGAAGAAUCUAUUACAGAAAUAGUUCUCCACGGGAUGGUACACCAAUGGAUUGGCAAUAAUAUUACAAUGAAAUGUUUCGGAGAACUUUGGCUUAUAGAAGGGACCACAUCAUAUUUAACACAAAAUACUAAAAAUACGUUCUCAGAUGGUCAAACCAUAGAUAUCGAUAUCGCAAAUCAAUUCUUCUUAGUUCUGAAAAAUCAAUUAUCUCAUCAACUGAGCAAAAGUGAAUGUUCUGAUGAUAUUGAAGAUAUUCUAGAUUCUUAUGUUUCAAAUACAUAUAUCAAAGGUGUUUUAUUCACAAGAAUGAUAGAAUUAUCUCUGGGUUUGCGGAAUAUUCGGAAAACUCUUGAUUUAAUUCUAAAAGAACAUAAGUAUUCUAAUUUCGAUGAGAAUGAUCUAUGGGCAGCAUUGAAAAAUACAACUCCAUCUGAAAAUUUUCCCGAAGAACUCGAUAUUGAUAUUGCUCUGACAUCAUGGACGAAACAAGAUGGAUUUCCUCUAGUUACUGUAUCAAGAGAUUACGAUACAGGGAUUACCACAGUGACACAACAAAAAUUCUCCUCUAUUAAUGAAGAAACGACACAAUGCUGGUGGAUACCAUUAUCUUAUACUACAAAGUCUGAUAUUUAUAGCAGUACAACAGCUAAACGGUGGAUGGAGUGUCCAAAGAAACAAAUAAUUAUAGGUGGCAUAAAACCAUCAGAUUGGAUUAUAAUGAACCUAGAAUCGACUGGUCUUUUUAUAGUUAAGUAUGAUGAUGAUAACAUGAAACUUAUCACUAAAACUUUGAGUGAUAAAAAAUCUUUCGAAGUUAUAUCAUUUUGGAAUAGGUUCAGACUUAUUCUUGAUGCCAUUAUUCUCACGGAGUUCGGGCUCAGCACUCAUGAAUCACUAUUGACCACUCUGUUGUAUUUGAAAUACGAGAAUGAAUUGGUGGUUUGGGAGGCUGCGUUGAAAUAUUUGUCCAAAAUAGAUUGGCUAGAAAAUGAGACUAUUCAAUUAAAAAAUGAUUACAUGAAAUUAUUAGUUCAACCGCACUUCUACAAGCAUCUAUUCAAUUCGACGAAACCUACUUCGAAAACGAAUAAAUUCAAUAAACUUAUUAUAAAAGAAGCCUGUUCAUCUGGUAUUACAGAAUGUGUACAAGAAUAUAUGCGAAUUUUCGAAGAUUUCAAGGCUUCAUUUCCAGAUGUGAGUUCAUCAAAUACCGACCUUUUAGGAGACGUUCUUUGUUUUGUUGUCCGAACUGGACCUGAAGAGAAUAAACAAUUCCUUACAGAUAUAUUACCUCAAACCGUAGAUAAUGAUCAGCUAAUGAUGCAAGUUUACAAUAGUCUGAUCAACCCUUCAUGCUCCAAAACUCCUAUAACUCCAAACGAACAGAUAAACCGAAAGAUUGCCGCAAUAUUUAUUAAUAAACCUCCACUACAAAGACAAAUAUUAGGCUCUCAAGGCGAUGUAUUCUUAUUUGAUAUCAUGUCUAGUUCUCUAAAGGAUGUUUUGGAUAAACCUUAUAGUUCAUGGGCAGUCCUAGACAUGCUUAGUGUGCUUGCCGAUAAUAUUCAUGAUGAAAGCGAACGAAAAAAGUUAGAAGAGUUUUUUGAAACCAAUAAAGAUAAACUUAUUCGCCAUAAAAAAUCAACAGAUGAAAUAAUGAAGAAAAUUAGCAGAAAUGAAGAAUGGAAAAAAUUUAAUUCAAACGAUAUCAAAGACGCUCUGUUGAAAAUUACCAGUACUACAGAACCCGAUCUUCCUGAAGAAAUCCCUGUAGCUCUGAGGUAUGAUGAUUCAUCCUCAAAGUUGCAAAAUGAACUUAUUUGUCCCGUAGUAAUUUUCAUUUAUUUUGUUUUUUUGUUUCGAAUAAAGUUAAUACUGCAUGCAUUAUAAA